GAUAAACAAAGAGAAAACACAAAGACUUUCCUCAGACCACAGAUCAAUCAAUCAAUCAAUAAUCAAUCACCACCACCUCACGUCGUUAAAUCCUCUUUAACGGCAGCACUGCCGUUCUCCUCCACCUCCUCAUCCGCCGUUGCUGUCAGCUUCCCUCCUCCGGCGAGAACGGAAACUCUCGCCGGAGAAUUAUUUCUUUUGUUUUGGUUUGGUUGACGUGAAAUGUAGGAAAGAAUCUAAUCAAAUUCAAAACGGUGCGUACAAGGCACAGACAGAUGAUGCCUUGUUUCUUCAAUCAAAUUUCCUUGCCUUAAGCCGUAAUUUAUUCCAUUUUAUUGUAAAUUAAAUUAAAUAUCUCCCUCCACCUUCUUGUUUAAAUUCCUCAUCAUUUCUCUCCUUCUCUCUGUUCGCUUUUCAAUUCAAAGUCCUGCCUCUAAUUUUUUAUUUGUUUAAUUUGUUAUUAUUAAAUGCGAGAUCUUAGAUUAAUUCAACCAAUUCAAACACAUUUGUAAUAAUUAUCAACUUAGCUCAGUACGGCGCGCUGUUGUGCCGUUUUGCAAAUUUGAUCAUGCCUUCUGAAGAGCUGCAGGGUUUAGCAGAAGAGAGGCAGGUCGGUUUUUGGAAGUCAAACACGUUGCCUGGACAUUAUGCCAGCAGGAAGUCAAUUGCUUCAUCUCCUCUAGAGAAACAUAUUGCUGUGGAAUUUCGGACCAUGAAUUCUCUGGAACAUCCUGAGUCUUUCCUGAUGCGAGACCCGAAAGCAAAUCUUUGCAUAGAUCGGUAUGCAGUGGGAGCAGAGAGAGCUGCCAAGCAGUCUAUGACAUUAUUGAGAUCUGUAGACCAUGAGCCAGGGACCAGAUCUAGUUUGAAUGUACAGCAGGCAUCCUCUUUUGGAGAAGGUGACAAAGUAAAUAAAAUGGCUGCGCAAUAUGAGAGCAGUCUCUUCUCGAGCUCAUUAUCAGAGUUAUUUAGUAGGAAAAUGAGACUGUCUUCAAACAUUGCACCACAUGGUUAUUCAGUUGACACUGUAGCCUCACAUUAUGAGGAAGAGGGACCCUAUGAAUCUCUUGAAGAAGUUGAGGCCCAAACUAUUGGAAAUCUUCUUCCCAACGAUGAUGACUUAUUUUCUGGAGUGACUGAUGGGAUUGACUACAUUAUCCAACCCAGUAGUGGAGAUGAUAUGGAUGAGGUGGACUUUUUUGACAGUGUUGGAGGGAUGGAUUUGGGGGAUGAUGGUUCUUUUGCAGUGGAAGAAAAUUCUGAAAUUUCUGCUGGUGAGCUUGAGGUUUGUAAUGGUGGAAUAGCCGUGGAUCACCUUUAUGGUGAAUACUCUUCUAGAACACUGUUUGUGAGAAACAUAAAUAGCAAUGUUGAAGAUUCCGAGUUAAAGACCCUUUUUGAGCAAUAUGGGGAUAUCCACACUCUUUAUAUGGCCUGCAAGCAUCGUGGUUUUGUUAUGAUUUCCUAUUAUGAUAUUAGAGCUGCUCGAAAUGCAAUGAAAGCUCUGCAGAAUAAACUGAUGAGGCGUAGGAAACUCAACAUUCAUUAUUCAAGUCCAAAGGACAACCCUUUAGAAAAAGAUAUAAACCAGGGUACUCUUGUGGUAUUUAACCUUGAUGCUUCUGUUUCAAAUGAUGAACUUCGUCAGAUCUUUGGUGUAUAUGGAGAAAUCAAGGAGAUCCGUGAAACCACUGAAAAGGGUCAUCAGAAAUUUAUUGAAUUUUAUGAUAUUAGAGCUGCAGAGGCUUCUCUUCAAGGUUUGAACAGGAGUGAUAUUGCUGGGAAGGGAAUUAAGGUUGAGCCAAGUCAUCCUGGGGGUUCAAAUCUGUGUUCGGCACAGCAGUGUGCUUCUGAGCUGGAGCAAGAUGGGUUUGGCCAUUUACUGCAGCAGAGUAGCCCUCCUAAUAAUUUAACCAAGUUUUCUGGGGCUAUAUUGCAUGGCUCAAUGUCAUCUAGGAGCACAGAUAAAGGAAUUGGUUCAGAUUUACACUCUGCUAGAAAAGUCUCAUUUCUCAAAUCUGUUCAUCCAGGUAUAUCUUCAAGUGUUCCUAACACUUUGCCCUCUUUGGUGAGAGUGGAACCAGUUGUCCCUCAAUCUGGCCUUGCCGAGUCUGGUCACUCACUGAGUCCUUUAAAAUUUGGUGUCCAAACCACAUCAAGUUUUCAUCCUCAUUCACUUCCGGAGUAUCAUGAUGCUUUAGCAAGUGGUGUUCAGUGCAAUUCUCCUGGUCCCAUUUCUGCAAAUGUCAAUAUUAAACCACCAGAAAUAAUUGACAACCGCCAGUUCAGCAGAGUUGGCUCAAAUGGACACUCCAUUGGGUUUGGUGAAAAAGUUUUUGGGUCUGCUGGUGGUGGGAGCGGUUCUCUUCUUGCACAUAAUUAUACUUGGAGUAACUCAUAUCAUCCCCAGCCUCCAGGCAUGAUGUGGCCAAAUUCACCAUCAAUGGUCAAUGGAAUUUGUAAUGCUUAUUCGCCAGUACGACUGCAUGGACCUCCAAGAUCACCAUCACAUAUGGUGAACACAGUUUUACCGAUUGGUAACCACCAUGUAGGUUCAGCGCCAGCUGUUGAUCCUUCUCUAUGGGAUAGGCGACAUGCAUAUGCAGCAGAAUCUCCUGAGGUUUCUGGUUUCCAUCCAGGUUCCCUUGGGAGUAUGAGAAUUCCUAAUAACUCAUUGCACCCUAUGGAAUAUGCCUCUCAUAUCAUUUUUCCUAAUGUCGGUGGAAAUUUUAUGGAAAUGGCUAUUUCCUCAAAAAAUUUAGGGUUUCAAUCCCAUCAACAGAGGUCCAUGAUGUUUGGUGGCAGAGGACAAGUGGUUCCUAUGAUGAAUUCAUUUGAUCUUCCUACUGAACGUGCUAGAAGCCGUAGAAAUGAAGGCAGUGUAAAUCAGGCUAACAAGAAACAGUACGAACUUGAUAUAGAACGCAUAUUGCAAGGGGAAGACACCCGAACGACACUCAUGAUAAAGAACAUUCCUAACAAGUAUACUUCGAAGAUGCUUUUGGCUGCAAUUGAUGAACGCCAUAAAGGAACAUAUGAUUUUGUAUACCUACCAAUUGAUUUUAAGAAUAAAUGCAAUGUUGGUUAUGCGUUCAUCAACAUGACAGAUCCUAGCCAGAUCAUUCUGUUCUAUCAGUCAUUCAAUGGAAAGAAGUGGGAGAAGUUCAACAGUGAAAAGGUGGCAUCACUUGCAUAUGCUCGCAUACAAGGAAAAGCUGCUCUUGUCGCACAUUUCCAGAAUUCCAGCUUGAUGAAUGAGGACAAACGAUGCCGACCAAUACUUUUCAACACUGAUGGCCCCAAUGCUGGUGAUCAGGUGCCAUUCCCAAUGGGGGUUAAUGUCAGAACUAGACCAGGAAAGGCGCGUAAUGCCACCCUUGAGGAGAACUAUCAAGGAACCCCUGUGAAUCUCGCAAAUGGGGAGGGUUCUUCUACUGGAGACAGCUCUUCGGGUUCUGUAAAGGACUCAGACUAAACAACUUUUUUGUGGGCACUAACCUUACAUAACUGAACAAUCAAUAUCACACAGUACUUGGGGUGAGUGGUGACUGUGAACAGGAAAAAAAAAAAUUCCUGGUUUUCUUCAUUUCAGAAGCCUCUGAAAGUUUUGAGAAAAAUUGCUGAACUGAAGCCAAUUAAUUUCCAAUUUUCUUCACAUUAAGGAGCAUAAAGCGGAGCUUCUAAAUUUUGGAUGUUCAAGAGUAUGUUGUAAAAUAUACAUGUAUAGGAUUGGCUCAGCAAUGUCAAUGUCUAGUUCUUCGCCACUGCUUGAAAGAGGCUUCUCUGCUAAUUUGUUUCCGGCAUUUUCAUCUGUUUUCUGUUAAUUUUUUGUCUAUUCUGAUUUUCUCUGUAUGUAAUUGUUAAAAGAAAUGUGAGUAGUGAUUAUGGAAAUUUUUGAAAUGAAAAUGUCAGCUCCAGUCAUUUUUCAGAACUGCUGGCUCUCAUCUCAACAGGACUAUGUAUUCUCACCUUGUUAUUUCUGAAAUAUAGAGACCAUUUGCACCUUUGUA